UCGAUCACAUCUUCGAUUUUAACGAAUCGAUUGUCGUAAGCUCGCAAUCAAUCAAUAAUGAUUGAUUUCAUUGUUUUGAAUCGUUCUAGCCUGCCUGUCCAGUGUCCGGACUUAUAACUUUGUUCCUGUUCAGUGUUCAAACUCCAGUUCAUUGUGUCUCUUUGUCUUAGUACAGUCGUGAUUUUUCAUCGGUGUUGUAGAGUCAUGAAGUCGUCCCGUGAUUAUCGUGAUCGGUGCCAAAUAUUUUCGAAGUAUAGAAUGUUAAUUUGAUUCACCUCCUGCAUAUAGCUUACUUACCUACUCAAUACAAGAUCGAAACACAAUUAAAAUGGAAAGAGCAACAAAGGCUUUGAAACGUGGAAGCAUUAGGCUGAAAUCGUACUCAGAAAUCAAUUUAAUUCUAUCCGAUCUCGAUGGUAUGCGAUCCCACGGAAAAUCCGGUGUUAAGGCACAUCAAAUGUUUGUCGAGGAUUUGAUCAAAUGGGCUCAUCGUGAACCUCACGAAGGACUUAAAAAUUUAUUUGCUCUCUUUACUGAACUGAAUUGUCUUUGGAAUGACAUACAUAACGAAUAUUUUGAUAAUUUGAAGAAAUUCAAGAAUCAAUUCGAACUUAUAUUAGAAAGCGAACAAAAUGUAGACAAAGCUAAGUCAAAUUUACAAGAAUGUGAACGAAAUGAGGCUAAAAUGAAGAAACGACUUUCCGAAUCAUAUAGUGGUAGUGUGGAAGAUCGAUUAAAUACAGAAGAAAAAUUAAAAACUGCCAGACGAGCUCUAGAUUUCGCUAAAUUAGAAGUUACAGAAAAAGUGAGCGAAAACGAAAUCAUCAAAUUAAUCCGCGUGAAAGAAGGCUUGAAAAAAUUGACUGAUUCUUAUAUCUCGCUGUCUCAAAAAUGCAACGUUGUCUUACAAGCACAAAAAGCAAUUGUAAACGAACUACCCGAUGAAAUCGGUGUCAAUCACGAACUACAAUUCGCCAGUGAUUGUAAAGCCAAACAAGCGCUAGCUCGAGCCAAAACUGUAAUUCAAGCUUUAGGCUGUUCUUCCAACGUAGUAGAGCCAUGUGCCCCUUCAGAAUACGAAGCACCUCCACCAUAUUCUCCCUUUUUCAAUCUACCAAAUACUUCUAACAAUAAUAAUCGACGCAGUUUGAGAAGCAUGCCAUCUACUAGUUCAGCUAGUAACGCUACAGAUAUUCCUAAUUUGAGCUCUACCGGAUGGGGACAAAAUAAUGGCAUGUUGAUAUUUAACGGAGGCUGUAGCAGUGAGCCUAAAACUUACGUUUGUUGUAAAUGCGCAUCUCAAAUGAUAUCUGAUCACAGAUAUGUUCCGGUUCAUGACAAUAAUACAAAUCUAGAAACGCAAUUAGCUACAAGACUACAGAACACUACAGUCUAGAAUCUCGCGACUGAUUUUUAUAUUUUUUAUUUUUUAUUCCUAGUUUUGAAUAAAUCUCGUUGACGAGUUAAGCACAACACUAUAUAAGCUAGUCUGUUAUUUUGUACUAUUUUAGAUUGAGACCAAUUCCGUCAUCACGGUUGAUUUUUUUUUUUUUUUCAUUUUUUAUUUACCUAUAGGAAUAGUUAUAUACCCGUUUUAAAUAUGUUUUUAUUUAGUCUUUCAUUUUUAACUUUUUUUUAUCUUAUUGAAUAAGACAAUAACUUCCCAAAUGUGUUUAUAAUAAAUACCUACUUGUGAUACGAUUACAGGGUAAUAUGAUCGAAAAACUUGAUGUUUUGUGAGCAGAGUACAUUGUUCCCCUUAAGUUAGGCCUAUUUUUCUCCCAUGUAAUUAAUCUUUUAUUAAGGUGUUUGUAUAUGUAUAGUUUACUCUCUACCAAGCAAUGUGUAAUUUUUCCGGUCCUCGUAUCAUUUUGAUUAAUUUUUUCUUAUUUUAUCGAUAAAGCGGUGAACCUUAUAACCGAAUCCAAGUAUAGUUGAUUAAACAUUUAUGGAUUUGUUCGAUAAACGUUCGAAUCAUUUGUAUGUAUUUACGUGAUAAUUCGAACUCUGCGUGUUUAUAUAUCUCAAGUACAUAAACGUGGAGUUUAUUCUAAA